AUGAGCCCCGUGGAGCGUCUGGGGCUCUUGGAGCAGAUCACUGGCUUUGUGGCGACGGUGGCGGCAUCGGAGUCCCGGACUUCUUGGCCCUGCUAUCGGGGCCAUCUCCUGGUGAAGCUCAUACCGCGCUUCCACGAAAGUCUUCGGCCAUGUACGUGGCCAUCCCUGGGCGCCUCUAAAAAAGGGGACGUCGUUCUGGUGUCCGCCGCUCCUCAGCCGAAGCCCAUUCAGAAGGGCCCGCCGGUUUUGGUGCGAGCCGCGACGGUGCUACAAGCGAACUGGGCCGAUGCUGUCCGAGAGCUUCGUGAGACUGCUGGGGGACUUGCCGUCCAUGGUGAGGAGCUGUCCAACACCGUCGCCGAGACCUUGCGACUGGUCCAGGAGCUGGCGCUUCUCCAGAGCGAGGUGGUCUCCAAGGCGUCCUUGCAGCAAGCGGAGGCAGCCCUGGAGGAGGUGGCUCCGAAGAUUGAGGCGUGGGCGCGAGCUCUCGACCCCACGGGGCGGACACCACAUGAGGGUUUACGAAAAUAA